GAGAGUUGCGCAGGAGCGAUGGAGAGACAGGCUUUUUGCUGUGAUCAGUGUUUUCAUCAGUAGUCUUGUUCUUUAGCUGCCGUGUCGUGGGGAUUGCAGACAUUUUGCCACUCGUGCUCUCUCGCGCGCGCACACGCGAACUUGGAUUCUCUGCUUGCCCGCACACACACUCACACUCCAAAUCCGAGUGUGCAUACACAACACAUGCACACAGUGGUCGCUGUGCUAGUAUGGCAAGAUGCUGCUGCCGCGGUGUGAUAUGUGUGUCAGGUGUGUAUGAGAUGGGGAUCCAUGUGUGUUGAUUCCCAUGCACACUUUGACACGCUUGCACUCUGACUUGAUGCCUGGAGCCUCUGACAGGUCUGAGGGACAAACAGCAGGCCUGGCCAGGGGCCCUCCAUGCCAUGGAAGAAUGCAAGCAGAUCAUGGCACGGCAGAAAUCUAACAGCCAGUCGGACUCACAUGAUGAUGAGGUUUCUCCCCCACCGCCCAACCCCGUCGUCAAGGCCCGCCGCCGCAGGGGAGGGGUCAGCGCCGAGGUCUACACUGAGGAGGACGCUGUCAGCUACGUACGCAAGGUGAUCCCAAAGGACUACAAGACCAUGACCGCCUUGGCCAAGGCCAUCUCCAAGAAUGUGCUGUUUGCUCACCUGGACGACAAUGAGAGAAGUGACAUAUUUGAUGCCAUGUUCCCAGUCACCCACAUUGCAGGGGAAACAGUUAUCCAGCAAGGCGAUGAAGGAGACAACUUCUAUGUGAUUGACCAAGGUGAAGUGGACGUGUAUGUGAACGGGGAGUGGGUGACCAGUAUUGGAGAAGGAGGUAGUUUCGGAGAACUGGCCCUGAUCUAUGGGACUCCCAGAGCUGCCACCGUCAAGGCCAAGACUGAUCUUAAACUGUGGGGCAUCGACCGAGACAGCUACCGGCGCAUCCUCAUGGGCAGCACACUGAGAAAGAGAAAGAUGUAUGAAGAGUUCCUUAGCAAGGUCUCCAUCCUUGAGUCUUUGGAUAAGUGGGAACGUCUGACGGUGGCCGAUGCUCUGGAGCCCGUCCAGUUUGAGGACGGAGAGAAGAUAGUGGUGCAAGGAGAACCUGGUGAUGACUUCUUCAUUAUUACAGAGGGAAUAGCUUCUGUUCUGCAGCGCAGGUCUGACAAUGAGGAGUAUGUGGAGGUUGGACGCCUCGGACCCUCUGACUACUUUGGUGAAAUCGCCCUGCUGUUGAACCGUCCCAGGGCAGCCACCGUAGUCGCUCGCGGCCCGCUCAAGUGUGUGAAGCUGGACAGGCCCCGAUUUGAGCGUGUGCUGGGGCCGUGCUCAGAGAUCCUCAAGAGGAACAUCCAGAGAUACAACAGCUUCAUCUCCCUCACCGUGUGACAGGUCGGCCCCUCUGGGCCCCACCAGCAGGGGUGGGCAGCAUCAGCAUCAGAGUUUUGGUCGGUGGGUGGGAAUAGGUGAGGAUUCGGGGUAAAGGACAUGGGUUUUACAUGCACAACAACAGGGCGCUUAUUUCCUGCCUUUUUUUCCCCCUUUUUGCGCAUUUCUUUUCUUUUCUUUGAUCUUGUGCACUUUGACUUGACCUGUGCUGUCACGUAGCUUUAUGUCAAAAACAACAUGCAGGAGUGUUAAAAAUCAGAGCGAGGACAGGGAUCAUUCAACUGUAAAUGAGUCAUGUAUACAGUGUGUCAACUGUAUAGGAUGCAUGCUUCUAGACUGACAAACAAUGGCGUUUGCACUUUGUUGAUUUAUGAAGGGUAUGGAUGAAUUCAGGAAAUAAGAAGGAAGUGAAGUCAUGUUCACGUACAGCAGGAGGAAGUGAGUACACAUUUCCUUACUCGCUGACUGUGGUUUGCCUUUUUAUCACUUCUGAGUGUGCGUGGUGCCAUUCUAGGUCAGAUCAGACCAGCGCUACACAGACCUCUGUUCCCUAAAGCGUAGAUGUAGAGGUAUGAAGAAAUUUAAAUUCUUGGCUUUUUCAUUCAUUUUUAGUGCUUCUUAAGUGUGCUUUUACUGCUGCUACUCAGUUGGGGGGGGGUUGUUACAAGCAGUGAUAUGUUGAGUUAUCAUUUUUUGUGGUGUGUGCCAGCCAAAUUAACCGACAAAGUUGCUUUUUUUUCUCAAGAAAUCCUCUAUGUCCCAAUAUUCCCUGAAGCGGUUCAGUCUGAUCUGUGAGCUGUGGUAUUCCAAAGGCGCAGUAGUGUUAUCAGUCCAGUCCACAUAACACACAAACAGAGUCUGAAACACACUGACAUGAAACACACACAACCAUACUGUAUAUUCUUACACUGUCUCAGGACUAUGUGAAUCCUCAACACACACAAACAUACACACACCUUACCUGAUGCUUUUUUUGACCUGUUUUUGUUCUAUGUUAAAUUGCUAGAUGAACGCUUUUGCACCACUUUAGAGUUUGUACCGUUGGGUCAAUACAGAAGUUUGAUUUAGCUGUUUUUAAGACAUGACUUAUGUGUUAUAAAUACAUAAAAUAAAGAGGUAGACUAUAUACUUGUGUUGCUUUCCUUUGAUCUACUGUAAUCUGUCAAAGUUGCACAACUGACCCAGCGACUGAUGUUGUAUAAAAUGGGACCUUAAGAACUUUCUGUAUUCUCUCUCUCUCUCCCUCUCUCUCUCUCUCUGUCUCUCUCUCUCUCUCUGUAUCUCUUUCUUUCAACUAUCAAACCAUCUUGAGCAAAUAAAGAUAAGCUUCUGAAA